ACACCAACACUUGAAGAUCUUUCAACCAAGGCAUACUGAGCGACUGAUUUCCAAGAGCGCACACAUUUCUUGUGGAUUUCCUUCAUCGACCGCUACAGGACUUAAAGAACAGCGAAAAAUGGUAUCUGCUGGGUUUCAGAUGCUGGGCACAGUCCUGGGCGUCAUUGGCUGGAUAGGGGUCAUCGUGGUCUGUAUCCUGCCUCAGUGGAAGGUCACGGCCUUCGUAGGCGGAAACAUCAUCACAGCCCAAAUCACUUGGGAGGGCAUCUGGAUGAACUGCGUGGUCCAAAGUACAGGUCAGAUGCAGUGUAAGGUCUACGAUUCCAUGCUGGCCCUCAGCUCUGACCUGCAGGCCGCCAGGGCUCUAACAGUCAUUUCUAUCCUGAUGGGUCUGUUGGGCAUCAUGCUUGCCUUGGCCGGGGGCAAAUGCACCAACUGCGUGGAGGACAGUGGGACCAAAUCCAAAAUAGGAGUUGCAUCGGGUGUAGUCUUCAUCAUUGCCGGCCUUCUGUGUCUCAUCCCUGUCUGCUGGACGGCCAACACCAUCAUCAAGAACUUCUACAACCCCACACUGACGGGCAAUCAAAAGAUGGAGCUGGGGGCCUCCCUCUACAUCGGCUGGGGUGUUUCUGCCCUGAUGAUUCUGGGAGGAGGGUUACUUUGUUCUAACUGUCCCCCUAAAGAGGACACGUACCCUGCCAAGUAUAAUGCUGCCAGGUCCUCUGAGCCAAGGGGCUAUGUUUGAGGAGGGGAAAAAAGAAAGAACGAAGAGAAAGAAAAACAAGACUGUAAAUGACUGAGAGGGAGAUAUUUUUUCAUGUCUGAAUGAUAGCCCUGGUUGGUUUGUCUACAAAGUAUCAAAAUGCCGAUGCACUGGUCUUUAGACGGACAGCCCUUCCACAAUAAUGCCAAGGCACAUGUAAUGCAGCAAAGAGAGGGUGCGGAUGGACAAUGUCAACUAAUACUAUUUCAGAUGUAUUCAAAAUACAUGGAAUCAAUCAAAUGUAACUGGAGCUAUGAUUUUAGCUUUGAUUUUAGUAUUGCUAAAUUAUGGGUUUCCCAUAAAACUUUAUAUUUCAUUAAUCCUUUUUACAAAUAUAUUUAUUUAAUUUGUGUGUGUGAUUCUGAAAUAUUUAAUGUAAUCUUUAAUUAAGCUGUAAAUACAUUUUAUUCAACU